AUGCCACCUAAAUCCGCCCCCGUGCUCAUCGUCGGCGCCGGCGUCUUCGGCCUAAGCCUCGCUCAUGAGCUCGCCGCCAAUAGGGGCUACACCUCUGUCACGAUCCUCGACCGCUUCCUUCCGCCUGUCCCGGACGGAAGCUCCGUCGACGUCUCACGCAUCAUCCGCACCGAGUACGCCGACCCGCUGUACUCGUCCUUGGCGACCGACGCACUCCAAGGCUGGCGCACCUCCGAGGUGUACAGCCCGCACUACCAUGAGUCCGGCUUCGUCAUGAUGGCUGACGAGAGGGAGCGCCCGAGCCCUUACUUUGAAAAGUACCGCCAGUGGAAAACGGCCCAGGAUAGAGAGAGGCCGCUCGAAUUCUUCGAGCCGCCGCACGCCGACGACGAGGUCAAGAGGCUGUACAGGGGCGUGCAGGCGGACCUGCGGGAGUUCGCGGCCACGCACAAUAGGGCGGGCGGAUGGGCCGACGCGGCGGGCGCCAUCCGCACGCUGGCGGGCCGGUGCACCCUCGCGGGGGUCUCGUUCGUCACGGGCGCCCAGGGGACGGUCGUGUCGCUGCUGCGGCGGCGGGGGGCGGGGGGGGAAGAGCGGGUGACGGGCGUGCGGACGGCGGCAGGGAUGACGCUGGAGGCGGAGAGGGUCGUGCUCGCGACGGGCGCGUGGACGAACCGCGUGGUGCCGGGCGUCGGCCACGCGGUCGCGGCGUCGGCGCAGCCGGUGGGGUUCAUCCGGCUGUCGGACGACGAGGCCGAGAGGGUGAGGGACAUGCCGGUCAUGGUGAACAUGAGCACGGGCGUCUUCUGCUUCCCGCCGACGCCGGGGACGAACCUGCUCAAGGUCGCGAGGCACGGUUUCGGGUACGCGACCGAGUUCGAGGCCGAGGCGCCGACCGUGGCGAGCCAUGGGGAUGAUGGUGACGGGAACGGGAACAGGGAGGCGGCGGGUGGUGGGAUGAGGAGAACGGUGUCAAGCCCAAAGCUGGUGGGGAGCAACGCCGCGUCCGGGUUCCUGCCGCGGGACGCGGACGAGGGGCUGCGGGACGGCGUGCGGCUGUUCUUCCCCGAGUUCGCCGAGAGGGAAUGGGUCUACCGCCGGUUGUGCUGGUACACCGACACGCCCGAGGGUGACUUCGUGGUGGAUUACCACCCCGACUUGGAGGGUUUGUUUUUCGCGACCGGUGGUGCUGGACAGUGA